UUACGUUGGAUCUUCAUGGUUUACUUUGCUUUCAAUACCUUUCCACACAAAGAAUCAAAGUUUGUGAUAAGUCUUCAACAUUGUUUGGCCAAUAUAUAGCAAGAUUAAACGUGUAAAGAUCUAUGAACACCAUACCUCCUUCACUCUUAGGAUAACAGAGUUUCCACCAAGAAUACCAAUGCAUCUUUUUAUGCUCUUCACCUUCACUCCACCAAAAUUGGGUGAUAACAUCCGUGAUAUUUUUGCAUAUCCCUUAACUAAUUGGACCUAUAAGCGAAUCUGAAAGGUAAGGGUAAUUUUAGUUGCAGUUUCUUCUUGGAUUAGAGAAAAGCUGUUUUCCCUAAAAAGUAGGAAUGAAGAUUUUUAACGUUGUAAAUUUUGCCGGAACGAUUUUUUUUUUUUUUUGAGACAGGCCAACGCCUGGAGAUGUGAUCGAGUUAGCCCAUUUACCGACGGCCCAUCCGCUAAGGCAGGAAGCGCCGAUUGCCACGCAGCCGCAGUUUUCACUCCCCGGCCUCCUCGCCCGUCGCCGCCGCCGCCGUCUCCUUCCGCCCGUCGCCAUGUCCAUCGCGGCGGACACCUCUCGCUCGCGCCAGGAAGGCCGCUCUCCGGUUCCUGGCCAGUCGUGCUCCGUUAUCCCCAGCGGGACGCCGGCCGAGAGGCUCACCGACGACCUCGUCGUGGAGAUCCUCUCGCGCGUCUCCGCCAAGGUGGUCUGCCGCUCCAAGUGCGUUUCCAAGCACUGGCUCGGCCUCAUCAACCACCCCGACCACCGCAAAAGGCUCCCCCAAACCCUGGCCGGCUUCUUCUACGGCAGCAACAUCACCGGGCAUCUGCCCUUCCACUUCACCAGCGUCUCAGGGGACCGCCGCCCUCCGUUCGGCACCUCCUUCACCUUCCUGCCCAACCACCACCUGCCCGUCGAUCUGCUCGACUCCUGCAACGGCCUCCUCCUCUGCCGAUGUUACCACGUUUCCGACGGGGUUGGCGCAUUUCAUUAUGUCGUGUGCAAUCCCGCCACCGAGAAGUGGGCCGUGUUGCCCAACUCCGGCAAGGCCACUGACAAUGUGGCCAUCAUAUGUCUGGGCUUUGACCCGGCCCUAUCAUCGCAUUUCCAUGUGUUUGAGCUGGUAGUUGAGCACAAUUAUAGUCAGGACACUGAUCUUUCCGGAGUGGCAGUGUAUUCGUCUGAAACCGGAGAGUGGGUUUAUAAGGAGGAGAGAUGGAUCGGAGAAGCUACCUGGCUUGCUGGUCGGCACUCCUCCACAGCGGUCUUUCUUGAUGGCCUUCUGUUUUUUAGUGCCUUUGACCCCGACUUGUACGAUUGUGUAGCUGCGGUGGACACAAAAGGAGAAACAUGGAUGAAAUUCAGGGCCCCUAGUGGUCAGGUUGAUGAUGGUUUUAUCCAUCUGUCACAGGGCCACUUACACUUUGCCAAUUUCCAGAGGGAUAAUGAUGGUGUUGCCAUUCGAUUUGUAGUUUAUGUUCUGGAGAACUAUCAAACCGGAGAAUGGAUAUUGAAGCAUGGCAUUGAAACUUCAAACAUGUUUGGAUGGACAGAUUUAUGUCCUGAUGGGGGUUUUGAUUUUAUUGCAAUUCAUCUGGAAUGCAACUUGGUGUUCUUUGCUGCGGAUGGUAUUAUAUUGGUGUGCUAUAAUAUGGAUAAUCGGCGAGUCAAAGUGAUUUCCUAUCUUGCAGAUGUCAAGCCCCUAUCUUUUCUGCCUUAUGUGCCGUUGUACACGUAG